CAUGCUCUUUUCUCUUUUCAGAUUACAUUCAACAGAAUCUGUUUUGAGCUUUCAUCUAAGGCUAUAUUUUACAUGCGAUGAAAUUUUUAUUACAUUUACUAAAUUCCAUUUAGUAGCUGCUUUUGUAAAAGUAUUUUAUUAUUAGACUGUCUCGUUUUUUGGUUUUACUUUGACUUAAUCCUCUUCAACUUUAUUUGUGAACAUUUACAUGGUCAUAUAUUCCAUAGUGUCUGUGCAUUGUUUAAUCACGUAAAGAUUCAAACUAAUUGCUUUGGAAAUAGAUCUAUUUCUUUCCUGGCAAAUCAUGCACGUUGAAAUUCAGGUAGCUCUAAAUUUUUUUAUCUCCUUUCUUUAUAAUAAAUUACCACGACGCCGAGUUAAUCAGUUCGGUGAAGAAUUAGAGAAAGCUCUGAAACAGAAGUUUGAAGGCCAUUGGUAUCCCGAAAAGCCUUUCAAAGGAUCAGCUUUCCGCUGCUUAAAAACGGCAUUGCCACUGGACCCAGUCUUUGAGAUCGCAGCCCAGGAAAGCGGAAUGGCCUUGGCUGACAUUCAAGAAAACUUACCCGAAGAAUUAAGCAUUUGGAUAGAUCCUGGCGAGGUGUCCUAUAGGCUAGGGGAAAAGGGAUGCGUAAAAAUCUUGUAUUCCGAAUCUGAGAGCUCCGAAGAUCGUGCAGAUCGUGAAAUAUACAGAACUUUCAAUCCAGAAGCUCAGUGCUUUAAACCCAUCGAUUCUGUUGCUUCACAGUUAGGAUCGAUGUCACUCUCAUCCGGAUCUUCCUCUUCCAGCAGUCCUUAUGGCAACUCACCCUCACCGACAUACAAGUCAUCAUCUAGCCCUAUCAAUGGCUUCCUGCCAAAGGUCACCACUCCGCUCACUUUCACCACAGCGACUUUCGCUCAGACAAAAUUUGGGUCUACAAAGCUAAAGAGCAACGGGAAGCGGUCACACAGGAUGUCACCUACAGAAUUCAGCAGUUACAUUAAACAACGUGCUAUCAUCCAACAGCAGCAGCAAACGCAGAUCCCUCAGAUGUUUGCUUCAAUCACUCAGCAGCAAAGGCCCAGGUCCUUGUCUCCUUCCCCGCCAGCUAGUGGGACACAGCAACCGCAGCAGCAACAAAUAGACGCCAACAGUUUCUUAUUACUUGCUUCUGCAGCCAACCUUCAUCACCCAGCUCACGCAGCUCCGUAUGCACCAACACCGCAGUCACAUUUCUCACCUAAUCAGAGACCAAGUCUCUACGAAGGUGGCUAUCUCAACGAGAUAUUCUCUAGUGCGUCCGCUACGAACGUCUUGGCUCAACAGCACACUACUGGUGGUAUCUUGACCCCGACCAGUAAUGCAACGCCGGUAAAGGCCAAUGCCAGUACACGUAUCGGCCAAGCUGUGACAAACACAAACGCUUUGUCACUUUUCCUUGACAAAGGCCCUUUCAACGGAGCUGCAACAUCAGUUAAUGGUGUAUCAGGCGGAGGAGUGAAUUUCAAGAAUUCCUCUACAGAUAGUGGAAACAAGAAUUAUGGCAGUGGUAUUGAUAACUUUAAUGUAGGGGGCAUGUCUUACCCCAAUCAGCAUCUUCUGAUGGCCAAUUAAAGUCUUCAGCGUCGGUUUCCGUUUUGGAGAGAACUUGAGGAUUCAUGUUCGGUUUAGGUCAGGAUUGUGAAAGCAAGUAAUUGAAAAAUGUAAAGACAAGCUUUUGGUUUUUGAUUUCUUUGUGUAAAAAGGAAGGGAAAUAACGUGCUUUCAGUUCAGUAAUCUUUCCGAAGAAUGUUAAUGAUAGAGCUGUUGAAGAAUCGUGACAUCCUGAGAAUCUAAAACAUGAAUGCCAAAUUAUAUCAAAACGUUUUCUUCAAACUUAAUUUUUUUUCUGUGAUUAUGAAGGAAGUUAGUUUCAUAAACAUUAGGUAAUGUACAUAUCUAUAAAAUCGGAUCCUGUUGUAUUGCAUUUUUCACGGUCCGGACAACUCCGAACAUGAUCUGUGAGUUACAAGAGUCAGCAAAGUGGAGAUAUUUCUUCGGCCUUGCGUGAAGCGAUAGUCUGUGAUUGCAAAAUUUUAAGCUUAAAAGACACACCAGUCUUUCAGAAUUUUGAGCCAACCUAAAAAGCAUUAUUAAUUUCAAAAUAAAGAGUACCAGUUCCAGGUGCAGAUCACUCUUCAAUCAUAUUGUCAUGAUGGUAAAUCAUCUGGAUGCACAACUCAUUAUUCACUCCCUACAAUUGUAUAGUAUUUCUUGAUGGCUCAUCCGCUUUAUUUAUGAUAUAAAAAGCCGCACAUUCAGUUUCAAACUGUAGCAAAGUACACUUAAUCAGGACAAAAACUAAGUUUCUUACACGGGUUAAAGUGAUGGUGUUUGAAAGAGAAAUUAGUAAUAUAAGAAAUAUUGUCAUUAGUCCAGGAACUAACGAGGAGACUCUAGAGAAAAAAACAAUGGAUGCAAAUUUUAUGUGAUGUCAUUUUACAAGCCAUGCCCUGAGCGUUUGGCAGCUAUAUAACGGUUCAAAAUAAUAAGAAAAACCAAUUAUUUUAACACAGUGGAUAUCAUGUGUAUUUUUCUUUCAUAAAUGUAUUUUAAAAUUUCAUUAUCGGUUAUGGCUUAUGAAUGACUUUUGACUUCACGGAGGAUUUCAAAAGCGUAUUUCUAUAUUUGUAUGGUUUUUAAAGUUUGGAAUACAGACAGUGCGAAUAUUAAAAAAAGAUAUUUUGAAUUGAAACAUGAACUGUGGCAUAUUUCGUCAUGAAUUUAGUGAGAUUAAUUGCACUGCCGUGCAAACAGAUACUUUGUGAUGGAUUAGUACAAAGCUGUGCAUUUUUAAAUUCCUGUUACAAUUAUUUUGUUGCUUAAUACAAUGGCUAUUUUUCUUUGUGCCCAACAUCUUACGAGUUUAGUACAACUAUGUUUCUGGAAUAUUAGUGAUUAAGUUUUAUUUUGAAUAUCUGAUUGUUGGUAAAUUCUUUUUUUAUUUUUAUAGUUCAUUGAUUGAUAUUCAUGAAGAAAUGUGUUUUAAUCUCUUUGUUUAUUUUUUGAGUUUUAUUUAUUGUAUCUAUAUUGCCACUAUGCAACGAGUGAGAAACUGUCCUACAAAAUAAUGCAAGUGCAUAUUUAACAGAAGAAAUUAAAGUUAUUAUAUACAAGAUAAAAAGUUCAUGAAACCAUUAAAAAAUGAAAUAAACAUAUUUUCUUGUGCUAGGUAAUUUUGAAGGCAAACGAACAGUCUACUUUCUAACUGCACUGCACUGUAGUGCUGAAAUAUUUAUAAAUAGAACUCGAUUUCCAGGUUAAAAAGAUUUUUGUUAAAUAUCAUUUAUCAUUAUAUAAUAACUAUCUACUUCAAUCUCCUUAUGUUAUUGACAAUUUUUGUUAAUGUUUUCCAAAUGCUGCUGUAAAUAAAAACAUCUUUUUGGAUUAUAAAGGCAAUGUUGCUAAUAAUCUAAUUCUUUUGUUUGUAUGUAAAUUAAAAUAUCUUGCAUUAAAAGCAAAUUGUGAUAAUAUUCUUCGAUAUAAACAAGAUUAAGAUUCAACUAAUAUUUUCAGCAGGCUCAUAAUUUGUGAAUUUUGUCCUUUAUCAAUAUGUGGUCAUGAAAAUUUAUGGAACCAUGUAAUUUAUAAAUGUUGUCCUUGUUAAAAAUAUGUUAAUAUUAAGUAAAAACCAUUCAAUGCAUAUAUGUUAAAGUAAGUAUAGUAUAUUAUAUUUAUUUGCGUUUAAAACCUGCAUCUUGUUAUGUAUAUGGGAAGAAAGGAUGAUCUGUUAUUAAAACCUGUGUAAUUUUUUAGUAAAAAUAGCUUAAUUCACAGCCUAAAAUAAGUCAUCUUAAUAAAAAUAGAACAUGCGUUUGAGCGUUACGUUGCGCAUUAAUUUCUGUAAUAUAAGAAGCUGCUAACUGUAAAUUUCAUUUGUGAAACUAUUUAAAUACACAAUUCCAAUUCUGUCAAAUUCUUUCAAAUGCUAUAAAUUUAUUUAAAUUUUUCUUUCAGUUGAAUCGAAAGCAUUCAUAUUCAUUGCUGUUACUAAUCGUAAUUAAUGGUGUUAAUAAAAAUUAUGCUACACAAAGUAAGCAUUACAGAAUUACUAUUCUGCUGCUUGGCAAAACCUAAGUACCUGAAAAACAUGAAUACAGUAAUUGAAUUCUAAAAUGAAAGGGAAUGUGCUUAUGUGAAAGAAGACAUCAUUGUAGAUCUCCAUACAUAACUACAAGUAUUAAAUAAUCGCUUCACAAAGAUAUAUGUACGACAUUUAUGUCUGUGGUUAUUGAAAAUACGGCGUAAUUUACCAAAGACAAAUGAGUAGUUAACAAAUCUAGUUCUCUUUCCAUCCCCAAGAAAUCCCUGUCUAUUUGAAUCUAACAAAUACAAAAGCUGAUAACUCUAAUUAGAUACCUUUAUUAAUUAGGUACCUUUCAUGUCCUGUAACUAGCUUCUAAACAUCAUUCCUUCUUUUCCUGAAUAGAAAUUAUCAAUAUUAAUUAAUGGUAUUGUUAAUGAGUAUUUGGAAUGGUUGUAAAUUUCCAUCUAAUCGACUUUGACGUUUCUGCAGGUAAACUUUCUUUUUGGAUUUCUCAGAAAACAUGCAAGCUAUUUCAAUGUGCUUGGUGGUUCAGUGUCAGUACCUCAAUGCAAUAUAUUCUCCAGACUUUUACUGUAGUCUUAUGUGUUCAGGGUGAUAUCUAACAACAAACAACCCGUGUUCAACUUUUCUAUUGAUUUUAAACACGUGUAAGCUUUUUGUGCUCAUUGUCUGUAAGCUGCUCACUAAUAACUAUGUCCAUUGGAAUUCAGCAAGUGUGAUUAUGUCUUAGGGAUAUUGUGUACUUAAAAUACUUACGUAUUCUCUAGAGUUGACUUGAUAUUUCGAAGUAUUAAAAGUAUGUAUAUGUAUAAAUAUAAGCAUAAUUUUCCUAAAGUUGAAAGCCAAUCUCAAAGUUAACUUCUCUUGUUCUCUGAAUCAAACUGAAGAUUAUGGUUUAUUUGAAUGACUGAAAUUGAAUUACCUGUGUUUGUAAAAUCUUGUUAGUCGUCGAAUGCAGACUUUCAAUAUUCGCAAAUGCAAUAAAGAUGUAAUUAUACUUGUUAAUUAUUGUUAUAAAUAUUUAUGAGAAUAGCAUUUUACCUCUAAGUUUAAAUGCUUAACUUAAGCUGCAGACAUUCUGAACGUUGAAAUAUCCUACAAUGUGUAAAAUUUGACUAAAGUUUUAGCAAAAAAAAAAAAAAAAAAAAAAAAAAAGGACAUUUUUCGCGUUCAAUAAAAGAGUGUUCAGGCGUGCUUUUAUAUUAAACUGAGAGAAUAAAAGUUUCCUAUAAUGUGGAAUUUCGAAAGAUUUAAAUGUUCAUACAUUCUUUGAACCGUGUUUACCUCACUGCAUUUCUUCUUCCUCCAAAUUUUACAAGAUAAAAUAUUUUAAAAUGAAAGCAACCAAGAAAAUGCAUUGUUUUCACUGUAAUCGAAUGUUAAAUAUCUACGAUUUUAAUUCAAAAGUGGUAUACGGUACCUAUUAUGGUGAAUCGCAAGGUAACAAUGGUACCUAUAACGGUGAAUCGCAAGGUAACAGUGGUACCUAUAAUGGUGAAUGGUGAACACGGUUUGAAGUAACAAAUGGCCAAACUCUAUUAGUUGUACUUAAAGUGCAAAGUUAAAACUCUAAUAUCUAUAGCGUAAUGUAGAAAAAAAAGAAGCAUGCCUCUGAUAAUUGCUUAUUAUCUCUGGUUAAGUACUUAUAUUAAUGCACGUUCAAGUCCGUGUGUUUAAUAUUUAGCCGUUUCUCAUAAUGUAAACUUAUCGGCGGGUAUAUUUUCUUACUCAAUCUGGUGUAUGUUGUGUUAGUACAUAUAUAUAUAUAAAUAUAUAUUAUAUAUCAUUGUAUGUAAAAUGUUGGAAAAUGUUAUAAUAAGAGAAAAUUAUAUAUAUAUAUUUCAAUAUUCUUUCUAAAUGAUAUAAAAUGGUGAGGAAAUUGAUGACGUGAGAUGGUAUUUUAUAUUUUCUACUCGCAAGUUGUCAUGCUAUUAGCUUACUUUUAUAUGUAAAGGUACAAAAAAUAGAAGUACAAUGUUGGAAGUGCUGGGUUGAGUAUUUAUCAUAAGAGUUUUUUCAUAGAGUGAUUUGUAAAAUAGAUAUUCAUUAUGUGUGAUUGUAUUGCGUGAUAUUACAUGUUUUAAGAUGCCCGAAAUAGGGUCAGUAGAGAUAAAUUUGUUUCUUUUCCGACAGACUAAGAUCAGUGAGCCAGAAAUGGUUCUCCAAUAUUCCUGUGAACAGAUUAUGCGACUCAAACUAUGCAGCUGCACGAAUUAUGUGUUCUUUUAUGUCAUUUGAAUAGUAUAUAUAACUGUUUUAUGGCAGUUUUGUAAACAAUUUCUUAUCGUCGGUUUAAAUGUGAAUUGGAGGGUAACUGAAUUUUAAAUAAACAACAUUUCAAAGAUACCUUUCAAAAUUAGCAACGACUGGUUGAGCAUAUUAGAUAUAAAUUUCUAUUAGAGGAAGCAUUUUAAUAUUUUAUGAAUAAAGCAGUACGAUAAAGUAAAAUUUCGAUCUAGCUUUCUUAAACACUACUAAGUUUUAAGAGUAAUAUAUGAAAUAUUUAAGCAGCUUUGGUCAGUUAUUUUAAUGGAUUGUGAUUACAUUUAAUAAUUUAAUAGUCCAGUCCAAAGCAGUAAAAGAUAUUAAAAUCUUCUUUCAUGUACUAUCGAGAAAAUAAAUUUCAAGGUAAUUUUAGAUUUAUAACUUCUAAGUAGCAUUCAUACUUGUAUGAAUGUAACAAUUUAAACAGAAGGUUAAAUUGUAGAGUUUUACGUCACCGGUUUAAAGCUGUCCCUGUCAUAUUUAAUCCUUUCUCCCUUAACGCGUUUACAAAAUUUAAAUUCGCAAGAAGAAUUAGCAGAUAUCAUCUAACAGUACGUAGUUCAAAAUAAAGGAGAUUGUUUUACACUACAUUGUUUUAUCUUUUCUAUAGGCUCAUGUUUCCCUUCAUAAAACAUUUUUUCUAGAAAUUUUUAUUCACCAUUUGAGAACUUUUGCAUUGUUUUUGGAUAAUGACAGUUUAAUCAGUAUAGUGUGGAAUUUUUUAACUCUUCGUAUUUCUGGUGUUGUGAUCAUAAAUUAAUGGAUUCUUUUUUGUUUUCUUUUUAAACUAAGCAAUGUCACUGUUCAUCCAACGUUCAUGUCUUUUUGGGAUUUGUAGCAAUUCGUUGUUGCUGCUAUAUUGAUGACUAUGAUAAUCUUUGUAGCAUUUUGCCAAUGCAGAUUUAUAAUUAUUGUUCCACGUGUGUUCGUUCCUCUAAUGUGAUGUGCACAUAUAAUAUAAUAUCUAUAGUCGUAAGAUUUUCAUACGUUCUUAUAUUUUUAAGUUUGUAAUAAACGUUUGAGCAUUAUUUCUAUAA